AUGGGGAAAGAAACCCAAAAGCCAGAUUCUUCCUACCGAGAGGAAGCGCUGAACAACUGCAACGAUGCAUGGAAAGAGUACAAAUGGGGGUCCAACACCAAGAAGUCAAACUGGAAAAGAUCUCACUCAUCGCAGGUUUUCAUCCCUGUGUGCGUGGUGCUGACACUCUCAAACAUCAUCCUGCUCGUGGCCUUGGCUGUUGUCUGUUUGGGAUUCCAUUUGCCUCGCCCAAAUUUCUCCCAUGUGUGCCCAGACACCUGGCUUGGUUUCCAAGGGAAAUGCUAUUAUUUUUCUAAGAAUGAGAGCAGUUGGACCACCGGUCAGGAAAGGUGCGAGGCCAUGGGAGCUUCACUGGCCAUCAUAAGCACCAUGGAUGAACUGAUCUUCGUUAAACACUACAGAGGCAAAGCUAACAAUUGGAUUGGGCUGCGAAAGGAGGAUGACAGCUGGUGGUGGAUCAAUGGCACGGCCUUCAACAACUGGUUUGAGGUACGGGGUGGUGGGCCCUGUGCGUACCUGAACGAGGAGAGGAUCAGCUCAUCCCUGUGCCACAACAGGAAGAACUGGCUUUGCAGCAGACGUCCUCUGGAAGCCAAAAGCAUAUCCAUAAUAAAAGACCAUAGAGAGAGGGGUUAA